UUCACCAUCUUCUAUGAAUAAUGAUCCAAAUUUUACUCCUAAUGCUUGGUAUCAUGAUGGUACACCAGUUCCUGUUCGUGUGCCAAGAUCAAAUUAUCGUAUAGCAACAUAUGUCACACCAACCAAGUUUAGUGAGAGAUUGGUGAGUGUUGAUGGAAUCAUACCUGCAUUAUUACCACCAGACCCAGAUCCAGACGAAGGAAUUGAAUUUUAA